AUGAUCCAUUUUAGAGAAAUUUCAAGUGGUAUGUGGAAGGCAGGCAAAGCGGUUCUCCACCAUAGUUGUCUCACGGAUGAUUACAGAAAGGAUCAUUUCAAUUUGAACAAUCACCUAAUUGCUACUACGUUGAUACCAUAUAUUAUGGUCGAUCCAUACAUCAGUAUUAAGUCGAUUCAGGAAAAAAUAAAAGGAUUGCAUACGUUUACUCCUAGUUAUAGAAAAGCACAAAAGGGGUGUAAGAAAGCUAUUGAAAUGGUAUUUGGUGAUUUUGAAACCUCUUUCAAGACAUUUCCCCCAUACAUGGCUGCCUUGAAAUAUUUCAAUCCGGGGACCGUUGUUGAGUGGGAGCACCAAUCAACUACAAUGCAAGGUGAACACAUCUUCCAGUUUCUUUUCUGGGCUUAUAAACCAAGCAUCGAUGGAUUCAAAAGUUGCAGGCCUGUCAACUCAAUAGACGGUACUCAUCUGUACGGUAAGUAUGAGAUGAAACUGCUAAUUGUUGUUGGAAUUGAUGCGAACAAUAACAUUUUUUCACUUGCAUAUGCUAUUGAUGCACGUGAGAGAUUUGAGUCUUGGGCGUGGUUCCUUGUGUUGUUGUGGAGACAUAUUGUUCGUGAGAGACAAGGAAUUGGACUUAUUUCUGACCGUCAUCAGGGCAUCUUGCAAUGUGUCCAAACACAUGAUUGGUUACAACCACCAUCCACACACCAUAGGUUUUGCGUUCGGCAUUUGAAAAGCAACUUCAAUAAAAAGUUCCUCAACAGUGACCUUGAGAAGCUAAUGUGGUUGGCGGCUACAGAGCACCAGAAGAAGAAGUAUAAAAUGAGGAUGGAACAAAUCAAAACAAUGUCACCUCCAACGCAUCUGUGGUUAAAAUCUCUUCCGGAGGAGAAAUGGACAUUGCAUAAGGACAACGGUCAUAGGUGGAGGGCUAUGACAACGAAUGUCUCCGAGUCUUACAACAGUUUAUUGAAGAAAGCUCGUGGAUUGCCCGUUACUGCCAUGGUCCGUUAUACGUUUAAAAAUCUUAUUGAUCGGUUUGUUGAGAGAAGCACCCUUGCUGAUUUGUUGAUUGCGGAUAAAAAGUUUUAG